GAAAAUUGAUUAAAUACUGACAUAUUUUUUAAAGAAAAAAUGAUUUUGUUAUUGAUAAUGGUGCUGAUUGAAAUGACUGUUUCAAAACAGUUUUUAAUCGAAACAGUUGAAAAAGAAUCAGCUGUGCCUCAGAGUUAUGGACUGAAAACUGAAGGAGCUCCUACAGUUGGUGAAAAAGCUGCCGCUGCUCUAGCAGAAUAUGCUAAGGAAAAGAAUGGUAAUGGUACUGGAAAUGAUUAUGCUGCUGAUGAUCUGGUUUCACUGAUCACUAAUCCAGAAACCAUUGGCGGGGCUGUUGAUGCAAUAAAAGAUAUUGUUGGAAGUGAACAGGCACCUAAACUUCUUGAAUUUGCUAAAGAUGCACUUGAUGCACUACUGAAGCCAGAAGAUGAUGCAGGUGAUGAUGCUAAUAAAGCAGGUCCUUCAGAUGAUGCAAGUGAAGAUGCUAAUGCAGCUGGUACUGCAGAUGAUGCUGGUGAUGAUGCUAAUACAGCUGGUGCUGCAGAUGAUGCUGGUGAUGAUGCUAAUACAGCUGGUGCUGCAGAUGAUGAUGCUAAUACAGCUGGUGCUACAGAUGAUGCAACUAAUUCUGGAACUGGUGGUAAGGGGGAAAAUGGAGACGAUUAUGCCAUUGAUGAUGUGUUGGAUUUAAUUCAACAGCCAGGAGUUCUAGACUCAGCGAUUGAGGCAAUUGGAGGCGUCUUUAGUGAUGAUUCAAACCAGAGAGAGGAUGCCAUUCCGGUUUUAUCUGAUUUGGCAGCACAGGCCUUGGGUGAACUUACAAAGCCUGGCAGCGAAGGGGGUGGGGGAGGGGGAGGGGGAAGUAAAAAGGGUAAAAAGGGUAAAAAAGUGAGAGCAGCACCAGAAGAAGAUGCUAGAAGAAGAAGAAGACGACUUUAAGACAAAAGAAUAAAUGAGAAAAAAAUAUAUUCCAAAUUCAUAUUCAGAUUACUGAAAUAUAUAAUAACAAUAAGAAUUAUUUAACAGUUUCACA